AUCAUUACUGUAUCUGAUCUACGUCAACGACCUUCCAGAUGUUCUUGCAAGCUCAUGUAUACUUUUUGCGGACGACUUGAAAUCCUGGGGUUCCAAUGCCAGUGCACUCCAAAUGGAUGUUGACCCUGCCAAGCAGUGGUCGUUGGACUGGAACCCUCCUCUGAAUGACGAAAAGCGCAUCCAUAUAUCAUUUGGAGGAGACUCAGCGAAUGACUUUGUUAUGCAUGCCGAUUUCUUAUCGGACGAAACGAAAGCCGAGAUUCGUCAGUUCUCUUCCGAAUUGAAAUCCAGACUGUCAGAACAUGUUAAAGCCCAUCGUGAUGUGCAUCAAGUCAUGUCGAAGUUUGGCAAGUUUAUCGACAAGAACUUUAACGACGAUUUCUCCGGUCUCACCGCAUACUUCAUUGAUCGGACUCACAAAUUGCGUUCGAAACACAAUGGCUGUAGUGGUCUUUCCAAAGGUUCUUCCCCAACCUCCCCGUUCAGCAACGAUGACCAGGCCGGACGAUCGGCGGAGGAGUUGCUGAACCUGGUGGUAAUCGAGCAUUUACUUCGUCAGGGUAUGGACUCUCUUGCCACCGAUCUAAUGCAAGACUUUGGUUUCACAUCCAACGAGGUCAGUUUGGACAAGUUUCGCGAAUUGAGUAAUCUUGUCUCUACCAUACAACAUGGAGAUUUGGACCUCGCCAAAAAAUGGUUAUCUGAGCAUAAAGAGCAGCUGGGAAGCAAAGCUGCUCAGCUUGAAUAUUCAUUGGCCAAAUUGGAAUUUUUGGCUGCCAUGAAGUAUCAAGCCUACAAUCCUGCAGCUGUCCUUCACUGUGCCCGUCAACUCGUACCAUUCUCUCAGGUCUAUCCAGCAGACUUUGAACACUUGAUGGGCAGCUUAGUCUUUCUUGGCCGUAAUCUAGAGGGUACACCGUAUGCGGAUUUAGAUUACUGCACUCCCGGCUCAGAACCCAUGCAAAUAUCGCCAUCCGGUUCUCAGCAGAAUCUCUCCCGAACACUUUCCGAACAGGAAUUUCCCAAGCAGCCGUCGGACCCUUCAGCUCGACUUAUCCCAUCAAACGACAACCCCAUUGGUCAACGAAACACCCAUGCAAAACCGGACAGUGCUCUGGCAUACACAGCCGACCUCUUUCGCGCCUGUUAUUGCCAUGAGUUGAACCUAUCAGAAAUGGAUCCACUAUGUACAGUGUUCAAUUCCGGAUGCCGACUGCUCAGUCGUCAACAGACGCUGCAGCGAGCCAUCUCGUGCCUGUCCAAGUACAGUACCAUUGAUGGAGAUACCCUUCCGGUCGCCGUCGAACUGGACCCUGUGGCCCAUCAGCACAAUAUUUUCCACUGUCCUGUUAUCAAAGAAAUCACCACUGCAUCGAAUGGCCCUGUUCGGCUGUCCUGUGGCCACGCCAUUUCCAGGGACGCAUUCGAAUCACUACCAAGCGGUGAUCGGAGCAAAGUGAAAUGUCCAUAUUGUCCUAUGGAAACAUGCAAAACAGAUGCGCUGGACCUUAUAUUUUGAUGCGAGGACUGUCGCCACUGUGACAUACUAAAGGACUUUGUGUUCGCAUCCAGCCUCCCUUGAAGACCCCUGAUCCCACUCCACAUUCAAUCAGUCUCCUCUCUGUAGCUAUUCUCGAGCUACUCUUGUCACUUUCUGUUGAUACAGUUAGAUGUUUAGAGCAAAACGUCUGCACCAUACCGCCCACCGUACUUCCAAGGGCGUCCAACUUCACUUUUCUAGCAUCUGACAGAUUUCUAUGGGACCCAACUCAAUAACUGGGUCGUGUGCUAGUCGCGUUGUUGUUUUUCCUGCUUUCGUACCUUGUUCUUUUAUCUUAUCACCGUAUUUGUCCACUCACUCAGGCACCCAGUUCAUCUAUCCAUAUUUGUGCGUUUUGGACAGGUCUGUAGAUAACCACGACCAAAACGCACGACUAUGCUUGAAUAAUUCACUUCAAGAUAUACCUUACUUCAUC